GUUUUAUGACGGGCCCGGUGCUGAAGGGCAGGGAACAACUGAUGGUGCUACUCUGAGCUGCUUUUCUUUUCUCCUUUUUCACAAAGAGUCUCAUGUCUGUUAUUUAGACAUGAUGAGCUUUGUGCAAAAGGGGACCUGGCUACUUCUCACUCUGCUUCUUCCCACUGCUAUUUUGGCACAACAGACCCAAGAAGUUGUUGAAGGAGCAUGCUCCCAUCUUGGUCAGAGCUAUGCAGAUAGAGAUGUCUGGAAGCCGGAACCAUGCCAAAUAUGUGUCUGCGACUCAGGAUCUGUUCUCUGUGAUGAAAUAAUAUGUGACGACCAAGAUUUAGACUGUCCAAACCCAGAGAUCCCAUUUGGAGAAUGCUGUGCAGUUUGUCCACAACCUCCAAUAACUCCUACUCGCCCUACCAAUGGCCAGGUGGUUCAAGGCCCGAAGGGAGAUCCAGGUCCUCCUGGUAUUCCGGGGAGAAAUGGUGACCCUGGUCUUCCCGGACAACCAGGUUUGCCUGGUCCUCCUGGUGCACCUGGAAUCUGUCAGUCAUGUCCCAGUGGUGGUCAGAACUAUUCUCCUCAGUUUGAUUCAUAUGAUGUCAAGGCUGGUGGUGGAGGAGCAAUGGGAGGAUAUCCUGGACCAGCUGGCCCCCCAGGCCCUCCUGGUCCCCCUGGUACAUCUGGUCACCCUGGUUCCCCUGGUUCUCCUGGAUACCAAGGUCCCCCUGGUGAACCUGGACAAGCUGGUCCUGCAGGCCCUCCAGGACCUCCUGGUGCUGUUGGUCCAACUGGCCCUGCUGGAAAAGAUGGGGAAUCAGGAAGACCUGGGAGAACUGGAGAGCGAGGGCUGCCGGGACCUCCAGGUCUCAAAGGUCCUGCUGGCAUGCCUGGGUUCCCCGGUAUGAAAGGCCACAGAGGCUUUGAUGGACGAAAUGGAGAAAAGGGUGAAACAGGUGCUCCUGGAUUAAAGGGUGAAAAUGGUCUUCCUGGUGAAAAUGGAUCUCCUGGACCAAUGGGUCCAAGAGGGGCUCCUGGUGAAAGAGGGCGCCCUGGGCUUCCUGGAGCUGCAGGGUCUCGAGGCAAUGAUGGUGCUCGUGGUAGUGAUGGUCAACCAGGUCCUCCUGGUCCUCCUGGAACUGCGGGAUUCCCUGGUUCCCCUGGUGCUAAGGGUGAAGUUGGACCUGCAGGGUCUCCUGGUUCAAAUGGCUCCCCUGGACAAAGAGGAGAACCUGGACCUCAGGGACAUGCUGGUGCUCAAGGUCCUCCUGGCCCCCCUGGGAAUAAUGGUAGUCCUGGUGGUAAAGGAGAAAUGGGUCCUGCCGGCAUUCCGGGGGCUCCAGGACUGAUGGGAGCUCGAGGGCCUCCAGGUCCAGCUGGUGCAAAUGGCCCUCCUGGAGCUCGAGGCACUGCAGGUGAACCGGGUAAGAACGGUGCCAAAGGAGAACCAGGAGCUCGUGGUGAACGUGGUGAAGCAGGUUCUCCUGGUAUACCGGGACCUAAAGGUGAAGACGGCAAAGAUGGUUCUCCAGGAGAACCUGGUGCAAAUGGACUUCCAGGAACUGCAGGAGAAAGGGGUCCCCCAGGAUUCAGAGGACCGGGUGGCGCUAAUGGUCUCCCAGGAGAAAAGGGUCCUGCUGGAGAGCGUGGUGGUCCCGGCCCUGCAGGACCCAGAGGCGUUAAUGGAGAACCUGGCCGAGAUGGAGUACCUGGUCCUCCAGGAAUGAGGGGUAUGCCCGGAAGCCCAGGAGGUCCAGGCAAUGAUGGGAAACCAGGCCCUGCAGGAAGUCAAGGAGAGAGUGGUCGACCAGGUCCUCCAGGCUCACCUGGUCCCCGAGGUCAACCUGGUGUCAUGGGUUUCCCCGGUCCUAAAGGAAAUGAUGGUGCUCCUGGCAAGAAUGGAGAACGAGGUGGUCCUGGCGGACCUGGGCUUCAGGGUCCUCCUGGAAAGAAUGGUGAAACUGGACCUCAGGGUCCCCCAGGACCUACUGGGGCAUCUGGUGACAAAGGAGAACCAGGCCCUGCUGGUCCACCUGGAAUACAAGGCUUGCCUGGUACUAGUGGUCCUCCAGGAGAAAAUGGAAAACCUGGUGAAGCAGGUCCAAAGGGUGAUGUUGGCUCUCCUGGAACUCCAGGCGGAAAGGGUGAUGCUGGUCCCCCAGGUGAACGUGGCGCUCCUGGAUUAGCGGGGCCUCCAGGAACUAGAGGCACCCCUGGCCCACCUGGGCCUGAUGGAGGAAAGGGUGCUCCUGGACCCCCUGGGCCACCUGGUAAUGCUGGUUCUCCUGGUCUACAAGGGAUGCCUGGAGAAAGAGGAGGUCCUGGUGGUCCAGGCCCAAAGGGUGAUAAGGGUGAACCAGGCAGCUCAGGUGCUGAUGGUGCUGCAGGAAAAGAUGGUCCAAGGGGUCCUGUUGGUCCCAUUGGCCCCCCUGGCCCCCCUGGACAGAAUGGAGAUAAGGGUGAAGGUGGUGCUCCUGGACUUCCAGGUCCAGUCGGACCUCGUGGUGGCUCUGGUGAGAGAGGUGAACAAGGCCCCCCAGGACCUGCUGGCUUCCCUGGUGCUCCUGGUCAGAAUGGUGAGCCUGGUGCUAAAGGAGAAAGAGGAGCCCCUGGUGAGAAAGGAGAAGGAGGUCCCCCUGGUGUUGCUGGACCCCCUGGAGGUUCUGGGCCUGCUGGCCCUCCAGGUCCUCAAGGAACCAAAGGUGAACGUGGCAGUCCUGGUGGCCCUGGUGCUGCUGGCUUUCCUGGUGGUCGUGGUCCUCCUGGUCCUCCUGGUAAUAGUGGUAACCCAGGACCUCCUGGCAAUAGUGGUGCUCCAGGCAAGGAUGGACCUCCAGGUCCUCCUGGUAACAAUGGUGCUCCUGGCAACCCUGGGGUGUCUGGACCAAAAGGUGAUGCUGGUCAACCAGGAGAGAAGGGACCACCUGGCGCCCAAGGGCCACCGGGAUCUCCAGGCCCACUUGGACUUGCAGGGAUUACUGGAGCACGAGGUCUUGCCGGACCACCAGGCAUGCCAGGUGCAAGGGGAAGCCCCGGCCCACAGGGCAUCAAGGGUGAAAGCGGGAAACCAGGACCUAGUGGUCACAAUGGAGAACGUGGUCCUCCUGGACCCCAGGGUCUUCCUGGUCUGGCCGGUACAGCAGGCGAACCUGGAAGAGAUGGAAAUCCUGGAUCUGAUGGUCUUCCAGGUCGAGAUGGAUCUCCUGGCACCAAGGGUGAUCGUGGUGAAAAUGGGUCCCCUGGUGCCCCUGGUUCUCCCGGCCAUCCAGGCCCACCUGGUCCUGUUGGUCCAGCUGGAAAGAGUGGUGAUCGAGGAGAAACUGGCCCUGCUGGCCCAUCUGGUGCUCCAGGUCCUGCUGGUGCUCGAGGUGCUCCUGGUCCUCAAGGUCCACGUGGUGAUAAAGGUGAAACAGGUGAACGCGGUUCUAAUGGCAUCAAAGGACAUCGAGGAUUCCCUGGUAAUCCAGGUGCUCCAGGUUCUCCAGGCCCUGCUGGUCACCAAGGUGCAAUUGGUAGUCCAGGACCUGCAGGCCCCAGAGGGCCUGUAGGACCCAGUGGACCCCCUGGCAAAGAUGGAACAAGUGGACAUCCAGGCCCCAUUGGUCCACCAGGACCUCGGGGUAAUAGGGGUGAAAGAGGAUCAGAGGGUUCCCCUGGCCACCCAGGCCCACCAGGCCCUCCUGGACCUGCUGGUGCUCCUGGUCCAUGCUGUGGUGGAGCUGCUGCCUUCUCUGGUGGUGGAGGUGAAAAGGCUGGUGGUUUUGCCCCAUAUUAUGGAGAUGAACCAACAGAUGCCAGAAUCAACACUGAAGAGAUUAUGUCUUCACUCAAAUCAGUUAAUGGGCAAUUAGAAAACCUCAUUAGCCCAGAUGGUUCUCGUAAAAACCCUGCUCGAAAUUGCAGAGACCUGAAAUUCUGUCAUCCUGAACUCAAGAGUGGAGAAUAUUGGGUUGAUCCUAAUCAAGGGUGCAAGCUGGAUGCCAUCAAAGUGUUCUGUAAUAUGGAAACUGGGGAAACAUGCAUCAAUGCCAAUCCAUGGCAAGUUCCACGCAAGAACUGGUGGACUGAUUCUAGUGCUGAGAAGAAACACGUUUGGUUUGGAGAGUCUAUGGCAGGAGGCUUUCAGUUUAGCUAUGGCAACCCUGAACUUCCUGAAGAUAUACUCGAUGUCCAGCUUGCAUUCCUCCGACUUCUCUCCAGCCGGGCCUCCCAGAACAUCACAUAUCACUGCAAAAAUAGCAUUGCAUACCUGGAUCAGGCCACUGGAAAUGUAAAGAAAGCCCUGAAGCUAAUGGGGUCAAAUGAUGGGGAAUUCAAGCCUGAAGGAAACAGCAAAUUCACAUACACAGUUCUGGAAGAUGGUUGCACUAAACACACUGGGGAAUGGGGCAAAACAGUCUUCGAGUACCGAACACGCAAGGCUGUGAGACUACCUAUUAUUGACAUUGCUCCCUACGAUAUUGGUGGUCCUGAUCAAGAGUUUGGUGUGGACGUUGGGCCUGUUUGCUUUUUAUAAACUAAACUGUAUCUGAAAACCCAGAAAAAAAAUCACACUCCAUUUUCCUCUUGUUUUAAUCAUGUCAACCAGUACAAGUGACCAACUAAAUUCCAGUUAUUUAUUUCCAAAAUUUUUGGAAAAAGUAUAAUUUGAAAAAAAAAUAUUUUUUUUCUGUUACACCAAAUACAAUUCAAAUGUUUUGUGUUCUAUUUUUUUACCAAUUCCAAUUUCCAAAUGUCUCAAUGGUGCUAUUUUAAAUAAACUUCAACACUCUUACAAUAACACUGUGUUAUAUUGUUUGAAUCCUAGCCCACCUACAGAGCAAUGAUUAUGCUCACCAAUAAAAAAAAAUAAUCAUUCUUUCUGAAUAGUCAAGCACAAAAUUAGGAAAGACCUCCCUGUUUCAACUACCUCAACCAGGUCAGAAGCACAGAUGAAUUCUGAAUUCCAGAAGAGCAAACAAUUUGCAUAAGUUGGCAAACUUGUGAGUUUCCUGAAAUAAUGGUAGGAGAAAAAAGAGAGUAGUGCAAGAAUUCAAAGAACUAGUUGAAAGCCACAAUUCUUUUAAUAUUGGAUAGCAAAUGCUUUCAAAGGUGCUUCUCUAGAUUUCUGUAAUUGCUGGUCAAGGUUACCAACAUUUGAGACUUUAAAAACAUGUUAUGGUGCUAAUGUAUUUUCACUUUUAGAACUCUAGGUCAUAAAUAGUGACUUACAUUGAAAAAUAAGUUCACAACAUCUGUACUUGUCUCCUGUCAAAAAGUUUUAAUUGGCAUACCAUGCCAGGGAACUCUCACCCUUUUUCUGUAAAAGUCAACAACAAAACCAAACAAAUGAUGAGGCUGCUUUUGUCACAGUAACAUGGAGAAUGUGUUGAAAUUUGACUUUGUAAGCUUGUAUGUGGUUGUUGAUCUUUUUCUUACAGACACCCACAAUAAAAUAUCAUAAUAAAAU